ACUUUCUUUCAAAGCUUCCUUGCUUUGCCCGUGUGUUUUGAUUUGCAUUCCUACAGGCAACCCAAUAAUAGAAUAUUGAUACUUUACCAUAUAUCGAAGAAACAGAUCCGAGAAUCUAAACAAUGUUAUUUAAAAAAUUAGAAAGUUGUUAUUGAAUAGCCCCUUCGUUUAUAAUCAGUGUAUGAUAAUUAAAUGAUUAUUAAAUAAUAAUUAAAUUACAUUCAGUUUUCUCGUUCUACAAUCUUGAGAGUUAAACCGCUGUCCCUAAAACAUUUUCCCCGACCCCGCGUUCUUUUAUACCUUGCCGAUGGCACAAAGGUACGUAGGCUCUGCGUGAUCUCAUAGUGUCAAGUAUUUGUGUGGCAAGACUGAUCAUCAAUUGUGACCAAGGCCGCCUGAUAAAGGUAUAGAGAUGAAGUAUUUGAGCGACCAAUAACGCUAGGGGAAAAUAUCAACUUGAAUGUAUCUUCACCGCUCUAUUGAGGUACCACUGUGAAAAUUAAUUCUUGACGAUGCGGAAAAACUUUGCUCGACCUUUAGGGUGUAAGAAAGGGGUGGAGCUUGGGGAAUACCCGCUUAACCUCAAGUCCGGAAGCAUAUGUCGAUAUUGAGUCAUUCACGUGGAUAUGUAUAUAUUUCGUAAGUUGCAUACGCAUGACCAUAUAUGACAAAUACCCACGCAAAUACAAGCUCAUUGGCUGCGGAAGUAAAUACAAAGGAUAUACGGAAAUAAAUAAGACACGAUUCCAUUAUGAGUUCCUUACUUUUCAGAGGGAGUACAGCUCCUGUCGAGAGCGGUCAAACAAUGCGAUUAUCAGGAUUCAUAUUCCUAGUCUUCCUCGCUAAAAGCAAAUUGCCUUUAGCAGAAGGCCAUGGCUAUCUCGUCGAGCCACCAGCAAGAAACUCUUGCUACAAAGUAUUCCAGAAUUGUAAGGCAAAUUACAAUCUGAAUGGGUUGAACUGCGGCGGGCGCGCGACCCAGAUUGCGAAUGGUAACAAGUGCGGAGUGUGCGGAGAUAGCUACAGUAGCCCCAGUCCUCCUCACGUCUACCCCGGCAAGUACGCGACGGGAUUCAUAACAAAAACAUACACUCAGGGUCAGAAUAUCUCCGUCAAGGUCAUCAUCACAGCAAACCACUUGGGCUGGUUCGAGUACAGAAUCGGAGAUAUCGGGACACCACCCAUCACCAACGAAAAGCUCAAACACCUCUUGAGAUCUCCCAGCGGACAGACGCGGUUUCCGCUGGACUCGAGAACUUUCUCGACCUCGCACGACCUCGUCCUUCCGGCAGAGCUAAGGUGUGACCGAUGCGUACUUCAGUGGUGGUGGAAGGCGGGGAAUAGCUGGGGGUGCGAUGGUGACGGGUGUGGCCUUGGACACGGGCACCAGGAGACAUUUGUUAAUUGCGCUGAUGUCAAAAUCGUUUCCAGACCUGGAGUGAUUCCAACAGAAUCCAUGACGUCAUCUUCACCUUGCACUCACUCUACAAGAGUCAUGACGUCAUCACUACUUGUCACACACUCUAAAACAACCGUGACGUCAAUUCCACCUGUCACUCUCUCUACUACUGGAGACGUGACAUCGCCUCCUCCUUCAUCUCCAAGGUCAUCUCCAAAGCCAUCAAAACCACAGACGGCAGGACCGAUUCCAGGAAAUGGCGCAAACUGUGCGUCAACAGGUGUUUGGGCUGGACGACCAGGAAUUGAUGUAUGGUGCAGACUGAAUUGCGCAGCUGGGUACUGUCCCUCGUUCAUGUGCGCAUGUAGGGAAAGCCAUUCAAAUGGCCAAGGCUGUAAGUCUACUGGUGCGUGGAAGAGCGAUAGUUCUAUUGAUGAUUGGUGCACCACUAAUUGCGCCGCGGGGUUUUGUCCAAGUCAUAUGUGCUUUUGUUCUUGAAAACCCUUGCACCAUAAGAUAUUCGGACUCUAGCUUUCAAAGUGCUUCGAUGUUAUAAGUGAUUAUUUGAUACCUGAAGAUUUUGUAACGAAAUUUACAGAUGAAAUUCCGUAUUCAGAAGUCAGAAUCUCUAAAAAAAAUCGAACAAACAAACGUUAGUCACUAAAAGACUGUCAAAAAUAUCCUUUAUUAAAACUACCAUUAUUGGUGUA